AGAGUUAAAAUGCAGAGUUACGAAGGGACGUACGGUUCAUAGACAAGCGGCACGUAAUCGUCACACUAUGAACAAAGUCCUGGACAACUAUAGAAAAGUGGCCCCUCCAUUCUAGCAUACUGUGAGUGUGAUGGCGACCACUGACGAGGUCACGUUGUCCAUGGGGGAGGUGGUGAUGGUGAAGGCUGAUGGCGAAGGUGACUCUGAUGACCCCAAUAAGACCCAGGUCAUCCUCCAGCUCCAGCCCAUCACAACCGGAGAUGAAUCCGCUGAAACAGAUGCAGCUGUCAUGGCUGUCGAAGCACAUCCAGAACACACUGAGGGAGAUGACGUUGAACUCGGCUGUCCCAUAACAUGCGGCGACUGUAAAGCUAUGUUGCUAGUGAAGAAAUUUGUGUGCCCGGGAAUCAAUGUAAAAUGUGUGAAGUUUGAAGACCAACUGAUCAGUCCAAAGCAGUUUGUGCACCUUUCUGGAAAAGCCACUCUGAAAGACUGGAAGAGAGCCAUCAGGAUGGGUGGAGUCAUGCUAAGGAAAAUGAUGGAUUCAGGCCAGCUCGACUUCUAUCAGCACAGCACUCUGUGUACAAACACAUGUCGCAGCACUAAGUUUGACCUCUUAAUCAACAACACACGCUUCCCUCCGGACGGCAGCGGACUCACCACGCCCACAUCCUCUAAUGCUCAGGUGAUUCUGGGUAACGGCGGGACAGUGGGAGAGGACAGAGGAGACGUUCUGAGCGGGAAGUUGGACUGGAGCUCGACCUCGCUGGAGUCUGCAGACAAAAGGGAAUGUAACGAGAUCUCAGAGGAUACACUCAAUUUCUGGAAGGGCAUCGCUGACGUGGGUUUGCUGGGUGAAGUGGUGACCAACAUCAGCACAGAGCUGCUGGAGCUGCUGAGAGGCGUGCAGCAGCGCAGGGACGCAGCUGCCUUACAGGACACAGAUUCCUGUCUGGUAGAGGUGGCGGUGCUCAGUAACCUCGCCCAAGUGUUCGGCCUGCUCGACUCAGUGAAGAAGACCCUGGAGAGGAGGAGGCAGCAGACCGACCCCAGCCAGGAGCACAUCCUCAGCACCCUCAACAACCUGGAGGUGCAGUUGGAAGAGCAGAGGAAGCAACAGCAGGUGCGAGCUCUUCUGUCCUGUCCGCAGCCUGCCAAAACCAAGACGCCCACCAAGCGCCAGACCAAGCGGCCUCGUCUCCAGAGGCCCGCCUCCACCACCACCCUCCUGAGCACCUCCGUCAACCAGCAGGCCACCCUGCAGCCUCAGCAGUUCACCGUUCUGUCCCCCAUCUCGCUGUCCUCUGUGGGUCAACCGUUCACUAUGGCGGGCGUGCCCAUCGCCUCCCUGGCCCAGUCCUCCAACACCGUCACCCUGCUCCCCACGGGCUCGCAGCUCUUCACCCGCUACAUGUUGACCGGAGACGGGAAAACCGACACCAUCACCCUGCACCCGUCCUCGGGCCUGACGCUACUGGGCACCGCCAUGCAGGACUCCGGCCAGCUGGGCACGAUGAUGAGCCCAGUAGAGCUGGUGCAUCUGAGCCAGCAGGCCGGCGGUACAGAGGUGGUGCCCAUAGAAGGCCAGGUGGUGGACGGCACCAUGCUGGUGCAACAGGAGGUGAUGCAGGGCGAGGUGGAGGCCAGCCAGGAGCACACAGUCAUUGAGAUAAACCCGGCGCCGGUGGAGCAGCCGGUUGGAGUGAUGGAGCUGCAGCUGUCCGGGGAGUCGGGCAGAGACGGGGCCACCAUGAUGGUACAGAGCGGCAUGGAGGUGACCAUGUCCACAGAGGGGGAGGAGACACAGUGCCAAAUGCAGGAGGUACAGACUGAAGGGGUUCAGGGGCUGCAGCUGGACGCCAACGGACAGUUGUCAGGCGUACAGAUAGUGGUGAUAGAAGACAAUACUCAGGAAGAAAACAAGGUGAAAUGAGACACACCCUCCUAUUCUACCCGCCAGAGCAGACAUGGACUGAGCUAUCACAGACUUGUGAAAUUGUAAAUACAAAGAAUUUCCAAAUCGUCAAAUUGCCUUGGCUUAAGACCAGGCACUAGGGUAGACGUUUUUUCCUUUUUCUGGUGUGUCUGUACAUGCUCCCCUCUCAACCUCUCAUUGGUUUUUAUUGAAACAAAGGCGCAGCACAACACAUAGUAGACUGUAUGCUUCUGUUUGUUUUGUAAUUAAAGGAUCUUACAGGUUUUUUCACAAUUUAGCUCUUCUUUUCGUAGAUUCAGCUGUCAUUUCUAUUGUUGAUUGUGACACUGUACUCGCCAGGUAAACAGCUGAGAACUGGGAAGAUGGAGACGUCACUAAGAAGAAGUCAGAUGAUAAAAUGGGUUGUAAACGAGCUCCCAUGUGAACCAAUCUUAAUUUGAAAGAGAAGGUGAACUGUAAAAUGUUUAGCCAAGCUGUCUGUUGCAAACAAAAUCCAUCACUCCAAAAACUACCUUUGUGGUUAAACCUCAGCCAACUGCACUUACUGUAGUUGUACUCACCUACUUUUUGGGAUUAUUACCAAAAUUUCAGCUGCCACCAAAUUACAUGAUUUAGAGUGCUUGCAAAUCACAGACUUAUGGAGCUAUGGAACAUCUGAAACAAUAUGAUUUGGUAAAAAAAAAAAAGCGGAGUAAUGGUUAUAUAACUUAGUAGGGCAUUGUUGUGAUAGUGACCAGCUAGUCUUCUCUGUGGGUGCUUUGUUACUGAUGCAACAAGCUAGCUAACAUGUAAAAAACUAGAACACAUUGAGAGUUUAUGGUGCAUGUCAUUAUAUCCAUAAACUGGAUGUACUUAGUUCUUAGUGUUUUCUUGUGUUAUUGUGGUCGAUUGGGAACCCUGGUUUAGGUAAUCUGGCCAAACAACCGUCCCAAUCAUCUGACUUUCUUCGUAGUGAUGUUGCCAUGUUCCAAGGUCUCAGCUAUCACCCUGAUGAGCGUGAUGUAAACGUAACCUUUAGAAACAACGGCCGAGACCACGAAAAACACUCGAGUUGUAACAAACCACGAUGAUCCUUGAAGCCUCCAUGAACAACCCAAGUAUAAGAGAAAGCACUGUAACUACUAAAUCUACACACAGGGCUCUUAAUGGUGCUGAAGAUUUCGUCAGUUCACGUCUUCUUAUACUGACUCGUUACCUAUUACAGUGUUGGCGUCACUUGAGGCUGGGAUUAAUUGCACUGUAUGUUGUGUUGUCGUGUCGCGUCAAGCUGUAUUUGUUUUUGCACUGUUUGACAUCCUUUCGGGACUACGGGAAGAUGUUUGCGACCAUGCCUGCUCUCUCAACACUUCUUCACAAUUUUCACUGCACUGUUGGGCGUGCAGCGUUUUUUCUUUUUUUUUUUUCUUUUUCUGUGCAUAGUUAAAUGGAAACAGACUGAACCUUUCUCACUGGAAUUGCAUCGCUUAUGCACUUACUCUCUCAGUGGUUUCUUACUGCCUGAUUUCAUUCACAAACUCCAUGUAUUUCCUUUAUUGUGAUCAUCAAUUGCUUUCUCUCAUCAUUGGUAGUGCGAGCUACUGGACUGAUUGUUUAAGUCAUUAUAUUAAAAAACAACAAAACAUAUAUAUACUUAAUGUCAAACUUGGUAUGCCUGUAUUUUACAGUUUUAAAGUAGUGUCAUAUUUAUUAGUUCUAAAAACUGAAGAGAUGGGCCUCUCUGUUUAAGGUGCAAACAUGGAUUAAUUUAUGCUCUGGGCUGUCGCUCACAUCAGCAAAAACCUGUUCAAGACUGCGUUUUCCAAUAAUUUAAUUUAACAAAUGAGGGUAUUUGCAUACUGACUUUGUAAUGUGUUUUAAUAUCAGAUUAAAACCCUUAAAAACAA